AUGUCUGCAUCGCUUAGCCUCGGUAUCCUCUCGACAAAAAACUUCAUUAUCAUGCUCGCCCGCCACCCCGUCUCAACAAUCUACACCGCCAUCCUUCUGCCAAUUAUCCUCACAGUUUACCUCGGCAUUGGUAAGAAUCUCAACAGUCCAUCGAACGACUUUGGCAUUGCCGAUCCCCGACCCAUAAGAUCACUAGCUGAGGGACUGGCCGCUUCUGAUGGCUCGCGUGAUACUGUUGUUCUCGUCAACAGUGGACUAUCAGGCGGCGAUGUAGACCGCGCGAUAACGGCGAUCUCUUCCCAGGUUUCUGCGGCUGGGAAAAACGCAAGAACAAUCACAAAUCCGUCCGAUCUUGGCUCUAUCUGCCGUUCGUCUUUCCGCGCAACUACUUCCUGCUACGGCGCCGUCAUCUUCCAUGCUUCCCCCACUGAGGGCGAUGGAGGCCUUUGGAACUACACUUUGCGAGGAGAUGGCGCGUUCGGAUCAUCCUUCAAGGUCAAGAACGAUGACAGUGACGUUCAGGUGUACACUCUCCCCCUUCAACAUGCCGUCGACUCUGCCAUUGCCAGCGUCAACUCGACAAAUGGUAGUUCAGCGCCUCUGGAGAAUAUCCAAGAGUGGGGUUUCACCGACGAGGCCGAAGACGAACGGCAGGCUAGCGUUCGAAGGAAGUACCAAAAGACUUUCAUUGACUAUCUGGCAGUCUCUUUCAUCCUAGCGUUGAUCGGAGUCAGCUACCAUCUUCCGGGUCACGUCGCGACUGAGCGGGAGAAGGGGCUCUCCCAGCUCAUCGACUCCAUGAUGUCAACACGCCACGACUGGGAGGCACAGGUCAUCAGGAUGUUGUCAAACUUCUAUUCUUUUGCCACAAUAUACUUUCCAGGCUGGGUCGUCACUUCAGUCAUAGCGAGGAGCAUGAUCUGGAGCGAGACUAGUAUCGGCAUCGUUCUCGCCUUUUUCAUCCUAGGCGGCCUGGCUCUCACUUCGCAAGCCAUUCUCGGCGCCACUUUUUUCAAGAAGGCUCAGCUUUCCGGUGUCAUCAACUCUUUGGUCUACGUUCUCCUUGGUGUUCUGGCACAGGCACUCCCUAACCCAAGCACUGGCGUCGUCGCCGUGUUGAGCCUGCUCUUUACUCCAUGCGCCUUUGUCUUCUUCAUCAGAUCCAUGGCGCGAUUGGAGGGCGAGGGGCAACCGAUGAAUCUUUUGGAGACGCCACCUGGAAGUAACUCAAACCUUCCCGGCAUUGUUAUCUGGAUUUUCCUGAUCCUGCAGUUCAUCAUCUACCCGCUAUUGGCCGCCUACGUCGAACGUCAAAUUCACGGAGUUGGCUCUGAAAGUCGCAAGGUUUACAAGGGUGACGGUCUUCAGCCGCAGGACGCUGUUGUCAUUGAUGGCUUGACCAAGAUUUACCAACCAAGCCUGCUACGACGGGUUUUCACCUUCAUCUCCAGACCGCGUGCUCCCACAGUUGCCAUUGACCAUCUCGACCUAACGGCAAAACGCGGGCAGAUCCUAGCACUUCUCGGUCCUAAUGGAAGUGGCAAGAGUACAACCCUUGAUGCCAUCGCCGGAAUCAGUCGCUUCAACCAUGGCAGUCUCUCCAUAGAUGCCUCUGGCGGAAUCGGCAUCGCCCCCCAGAAGAACGUUCUUUGGGAUGAACUCACUGUUGCCGAACACAUUACUAUCUUCAAUCAGCUCAAGUCUCCAAGGAACAUUGCGAGCAAAGAGGAUUCAAAGCACUUGAUCGACUCGAUUGGCCUUUCAACAAAGCGGAAGUCUCAAUCACGACAUCUAUCUGGAGGACAAAAGCGCAAGCUUCAGCUUGGCAUGAUGUUGACCGGUGGUAGUGCUGUCUGCUGCGUCGACGAAGUGUCUUCUGGCAUUGACGCACUGUCACGGCGGAAAAUUUGGGAUAUCCUACUCUCGGAACGUGGCAAGAGGACCAUCAUUCUGACGACGCAUUUCCUCGACGAAGCCGACUUACUUGCCGAUAACAUUGCCAUACUGUCUAAGGGCAGCUUAAAGGCUGAGGGCUCGUCCGUAGCCCUGAAGAACGCUCUCGGAGAUGGCUACCGCAUUCACGUCCUCAAUGCCAAGGAUUUGAGAGCUCCUCCAGAAGUCCGUAGAGCUACGUUAGCUGUGUCAUCAAACACUAUAACCUAUACCGCGCCCUUAUCGAGCAUCGCCGCCGACGUUAUCCGCACUCUUGAGGCUCACAGCAUUUCCUAUCGCAUAUCCAGUCCGAACAUUGAAGACGUCUUCCUCAAUGUAGCCGAAGAAGUGCGAGAGGAGGAUCUUCAAUCUCUUCAUAAGGAGAGAGCCCAUGGAUCAAAAGAAUCCGGCAAAGAACUCGCCGAAAAGUCUGUCAUGAGCGGGGGACAAGACCCGCUGGGGCUUCAACACGGCCGUCAGACAGGGUUCUUCGAGCAGACCCCUAUUCUGAUUCGCAAACGCUUCACGCUGCUUAAGACCAACUGGAUUCCAUACGUCAUCGUUUUGAUUGUACCGAUUAUUGCAGCGGCAAUUAUGCAGCUACUUGUCGCUGACGAGAGCCCUCCUAGUUGCGAUGUGGCGGACUUCAGUCAAGCUUCAGCGGAAGGCUUCGACGACUACAAGAAGGCGUUUGACAGUGCUAUUAUUCCAGCCGGUCCUUCUUCCUCCUUCUCUAGCUCAACAUAUGGUGAACUCUUUGGCUUCUUGAUGCCGGGGGUCUACACUUCUACAGAGCCCAACCUUGUACAGACUGUUACCUACGCCGACUUUCUACGCUACGUCGGAGACAAUCGCAAGAAUGUUAACCCUGGUGGAUUUUGGACUGGCAGCUCAGAUACACCCUCAACAAUUGCUUAUCGAGCAGACGAUGAGGGAACAGGAGCAGUUCUCGCUGCUGUUAUCGUACAGAACCUGCUCGCCGUCAUGAAGACGAAUAUCAGCAUUGCGACCACAUACACCCCAUUUGACAAUGUUAUUCCAUCUUCGACGUCAUCCACGGUUCAAUUCGCCAUAUUUUUCAGCAUCAUAUGUUCCAUCAUUCCGUCGUUCUUUGGAUUGUAUCCGAAUGCUGAGAGACACAGCCAUGCUCGUGGUUUGCAUUACUCCAGCGGAGUGCGACCGUUGUCUCUCUGGACGUCGCACCUCAUCUUCGACUUUGGAGUCUUCUUCCUCCCACUUAUCAUCGCAGCCAUCAUUUUUGCCGUCUCGUCCGAUAUAUGGUAUGCUUCGGGCUACCUUUUCCCGGUGUUUUUGCUAUACGGCAUCACCUCUAUCCUGCUGUCCCAAGUCGCGACGUUUGCUGCAAUUAUGGCCUACAACAGUGUCGGAUUCGCGAUCUAUCUUAUCGCCUUCCUCUACAUCGUGACUUUCUCGCCUUCCACUGUCACAGAUCGCAAUAUUCUGAUAGGGCAUUACACUAUCUCUGCCUUCUUUCCUGUUACAUCUGUCUUCCGAGCCCUCCUCAUCGGCCUCAACACCUUCUCGUUGGCAUGCACUGCUACCGGUCUUGGCUAUCCAGGUGCAAUCAAGGCGUACGGAGGUCCAAUUCUUUACCUCGUCUUGCAGGCUAUCCUUCUAUUUAGCAUUCUUCUCUACCACGACAGUGGAAACAAGCUGCCUUCAGUUUUCAAGCGUAGCAGAAGCGCUGACAUCGGAGCUGAGCAAGCGCAGGAGGAUCCUGAGGUUGCCAACGAACUCUUGCGAGUCGAGACGACAACAAACAGCGACGGGCUCCAAGUCAAGCAUCUGACGAAGAAGUUUGGUAACUUUACUGCCGUUGACAACGUGUCCUUUGGCGUGCGGCAUGGGGAGGUCUUUGCACUUCUCGGCCCUAAUGGUGCCGGAAAAUCAACAACCAUCUCACUCAUCCGUGGCGACAUACAACCAAGCCGCAACGGCGGGGAUGUUUUUGUUGAGCAGAUCUCUGUUACCGAUCAGAGAGCUCUCGCCAGGUCAAAUCUCGGAGUCUGUCCACAAUUCGAUGCGGUCGAGUCUAUGACAGUUUUCGAACAUCUCCGUCACUACGCCAGACUGCGUGGAGUUAACGAUGUUAAGCAGCAAGUUCGAGCAGUUGUGCGUGCAGUCGGCCUCGAUGCUCAUGUCAACGUCAUGGCGCAACAUUUGUCAGGAGGCAACAAACGCAAACUCUCCCUCGGCAUCGCCCUUACAGGAAACCCGUCAGUGAUUCUGCUUGACGAGCCGUCUUCAGGUCUGGAUGCCGCCGCGAAGCGCAUCAUGUGGCGAACGCUCAGCACGACUGUGCCAGGCCGUUCUAUCCUUUUGACAACGCACAGCAUGGAAGAGGCCGAUGCGCUUGCAAAUCGGGCUGGCAUCAUUGCACAGCGUAUGUUGGCCCUUGGUGAAGUUGAGCAGCUUCAAAGCCGCUUCGGGGACUCUUUGUAUGUGCACCUGGUCAGUCGCACUGCUCCACACUCGACGCCGGAAGAGAUGGACCGUAUGCGAAUAUGGGUUCUACAGCAAUUUCCCUCCGCUCGAGUAGAGCCUGAGACAUAUCACGGUCAGUUGCGAUUCUCGGUCCCGGCGUCGGACGUGCUGCAAAUAUCUCAGCAGAGUCUUCAAGGCAGAAGCGCGAAGCAGACUGGGGAGAAUCGCCAACUGAGUGCGAUUGGGCAACUCAUCGUGAUGUUGGAGGAGAACAAGGAUGUUUUGGGCAUCGAGCAUCAUAGUGUCAGUCCGGCCACGCUCAAUGACGUGUUCCUCUCCAUUGUCGGGCAACAUGAUGUGCAGGAGGAAGGGUCAUCUCGAUCCUGUGAUAUUCUAACUAUGGUGAUGCAAGAGCUUCCUCAUCCACCACCACUUCCUCAUAUGCACCGGGGUUAUUAUCUCGGCGUGCUCCACCUCGAACCAGAACUGCUCAUGAUAGUUUCGUUCUAUCUUGCCACAUACGAGAACCUCAAUGUCCGUACGCAAAGCUACUUUGCGGACAUAUUCUCCCGGCUGAUUGCCGCAACCCACCCUAUCGUACCUUACUAUCCGCGUUAUGAGAGUUGCUGGAAAGCCCCGAGCCGAGUUGCCGAGGAGACUUCUUGA